AUGGCGGGCCGUCAAGAUCAAACCCACACCACCGCAGACUUUAGCCGGGUGACCUCCCCAUCUUCAUUCUUCGAACGUCGUGUCUUGGUUGAAACCGUGAUCCCAUUUAGCACAACGAAGAGCGACCGACUACCGGAAGACCCUGUUGGUAACAUCGAUACGACCAUAGAAGAUCUUCACGCCACCGUUCAGAACCUUAACCAGGUCCUCGGUGAGGUUAGAGAGGCCACCGAAGGUAUCCACCAGAUUCUUCUCGAACACAGCACGAGAAUACAAGCUCACAUAUUGGAGUUGCGGGAAGUGAUUUCAACCACGCAAGAUUACAACAACGGAGACCUGGACAUCAACGACAACAACCACGACAACCUACAGGAUUCAGACCACCGGGCACAUGGUUCGGACUCAGAAACAGACACCUCGAACAAGGAGUCGGUGUAUUUGUGGUAUACCUUUAGUAGUGAGGCGUCAGAUAAGUCAUGGUCCAGUGGCGUUAGUGAUGGCUCCGAAAAUUCAUCGUCCAGUGCAAGUGGUGAUGACUCUGAGGACUUGUCGUCCAGUGGCAGUGAGUUUCGAUGA